AUGAGACCGUUGAUCGGUAAAAAUAUGCUAGGGCUCCAACGCAGUGCCACGUCCCUUUUAAUGCCAAAAUCUCUUGUUGCCUCGAGAUGUCUUUCCUUAAAACCAAACUUCUCCUUCUCGAAGCUCAAGCUCAAGAAGGACCCUCCAGGAAAUAUCGUCGGUACCGUGAACGACGCUUACAAAUUCCCAGAACCAGAUCACUACCACGGCAGUAAUCACUGGACUUAUGAUAGAAUCCUUGCCAUGGGACUUGUUCCCUUGACUGCUUUCCCCUUUGUUAUGGGCGUCAACUUCCCCAUGAUGGACACAGCUUUUUGUUUGACUGUGCUUCUCCAUUCAUACGCCGGUUUCAAGUCGUGUAUCAUCGAUUAUAUCCCAGAAAGAAUCUACGGUUUCUGGCACCGUGCAGCCAUGAAGUUGUUGGGAUUCGGCACGUUCGUGUCGUUAUACGGCAUUUAUAUUCUCGAGACCACCGAGAACGGGCUCUUUGACUUUGUGUCGACGCUUUAUGGCGCUUAG